UAGCUCUCACUCUCCUUCCUCUUCUUCUCUACUUCUUCUCUCUUCUCUUUCUCGCUUCCUGCAUUCUCGUCUCGCUUGUUCGUUCUAGUUCAGAUACUUCUUCGUCUAGGGUUUCUGAACCACAAAUUCUAGAGAGAGAUAGAGCUGUUUUUUCUCAAGUGGCGACGAUGGAGAGCUUGAUCGGUUUGGUUAAUAGAUUACAGAGAGCGUGUACGGUUCUCGGCGAUCAUGUCGGAGAUAACGCAGCUCUGCCUACUCUCUGGGAGGCCCUUCCUUCUAUUGUCGUAGUCGGUGGCCAGAGUUCUGGAAAAUCAUCAGUUUUGGAGAGCAUCGUUGGGCGUGAUUUUCUUCCCAGGGGAUCAGGAAUUGUGACAAGGAGGCCCUUAGUGCUGCAGCUGCACAAGACCGAACAGGGGCAACCAGAUUAUGCAGAGUUCCUUCACUUGCCAAAGAAAACAUUCACAGACUUCUCUCUGGUUCAGAAGGAAAUCCAAGAUGAAACUGAUAGAUUGACUGGAAGGUCAAAACAGAUAUCUCCUGUUCCUAUUCAUCUCAGCAUCUAUUCUCCAAAUGUUGUUAACUUGACAUUGACAGAUUUGCCGGGUUUGACAAAGGUUGCUGUAGAGGGACAGCCAGAGAGCAUUGUUCAAGACAUUGAAAACAUGGUUCGUUCAUAUGUUGAGAAGCCAAACAGCAUCAUUCUGGCAAUAACCCCUGCUAAUCAGGAUAUAGCUACAUCUGAUGCUAUCAAACUCUCAAGAGAAGUUGAUCCAAGAGGAGAAAGGACAUUUGGUGUUUUAACAAAAAUUGACUUGAUGGACAAGGGCACAGAUGCUUUGGAGGUUCUUGAAGGGCGGGCUUAUCCUCUUCAAAACCCAUGGGUUGGGAUUGUCAACCGUUCUCAAGCAGAUAUUUAUAAAAAUGUGGACAUGAUUGCUGCCAGACAGAGGGAGCGGGAGUUUGUUUCCACUAGUCCUAUUUAUGGACAUAUAGCACACAAUAUGGGCUCAGAGUAUCUAGCGAAACUUCUCUCAAAGCAUCUGGAGUCCGUAAUCAGAGCACGUAUACCAGGUAUUUUAUCGUUGAUAAACAGAAGCAUUUAUGAACUUGAAGAAGAGUUGAACUACCUUGGAAAAGCUGUAACCAUUGAUCCUGGGGCUCAGUUAUACAAUAUUCUUGAGUUGUGCCGUGCAUUUGAGCGGGUCUUCAAGGAGCAUCUGGAGGGAGGGCGACCUGGUGGUGAUCGUAUCUAUGGAGUUUUCGAUAACCAGCUUCCUGCUGCUAUGAGAAAGCUUCCAUUGGACCGUUACUUAUCAGUGCAAAAUGUAAAGAACGUGGUUUCAGCAGCAGAUGGAUUCCAACCUCAUCUAAUUGCACCUGAACAAGGUUAUCGACGCCUCAUUGAUGGUGCACUUAAUUAUUUCAGAGGCCCAGCUGAAGCUUCUGUAGAUGCUGUUCACUUUAUUUUGAAGGAGCUUGUGAGAAAGUCAAUUGUACAAACUCAGGAGUUAAGGCGCUUUCCUACUCUUCAAGCUGAAAUAGCGGCAGCUGCCACUGAAGCAUUGGAGAGGUUCCGUGAAGAUAGUAAGAAAACAACCUUGCGAUUGGUGGAAAUGGAAUCAUCGUACUUGACUGUUGAUUACUUCCGGAAUCUGCCUCAGGAAAUGGAGAAGGGUGGAAAUCCUACUGUACCCAAUGCAGAACGGUAUAUAGAGGGACACUUCCGCAGGAUAGGAACCAAUGUAUUCUCUUAUGUCAGUAUGGUAUCUGAGACACUCAAGCAUUCCAUUCCAAAGGCCGUGGUGUAUUGUCAAGUGAGGCAGGCCAAACAGUCAUUGCUAGAUUACUUUUAUGUACAAGUGGGCAAAAGGGAGGGAAAGCAACUUGCACAGUUACUGGAUGAAGAUCCUGUAUUGAUGGGAAAGAGGCAGCAGCAUGCCAAGAGGCUAGAGUUGUACAAGGCAGCAAGGGAUGAAAUUGAUUCAGUCACAUGGACUUAACGAUAAGCGUCACUAAUUGUGUAGAGAACGAUGCAACGAUGCUUUAGUUAGACCAGGAUAAGUGCCAACAAAGAUCAACUAAGUUGAUCAAUCUGCCUGUGCCAAUUUCAAAUUUUGCUUUGAAUCCAAUUCAUAAGAUACAUUUGAUCCUUGGAAAGAAAUUCGGUGCAUAAAUUGUUUGAAAAACAUCUGUUUGAUAUAUACUCUUAUGAUUGGAAAUUCUUCCAAUCCAGUAGGGUUGCCAGGAGAAGUGGCAAGAGGCAACCCACCAAUAUUAAGCUUUUCAUUUUCAUUAACAAGAAGAAUUUCUUACUUCAGAACCUGGUGAAAUCCAAGGCUGGAAAUAUCGCUUUUAGCCUAACUAAACCACAAGUAUUGAGUACACAUUUACUGUGACAGCCUAUUAUCCUGAAUGAAAAGGGGAAAUGAUAACUUAUCAACCUCGCAAAACAGAAAAAGAAAGUCACAUUACAA